AUGUAUCGUUUGUUGACUGGUGUCAAAGUUUUGGAACUUGCCGGUCUUGCCCCAGUUCCGCAUUGCGGACUGUUGCUCGCUGAUUUUGGUGCGGAUGUGACGGUUAUAGACAAAGUGAGUUGUCAAUUUCAAUAUUAAGCCUCAAAACGUUAAUCUAGAAGCAUCCAGUGGUAGAACAACGUCUAAAUAGAGGAAAAACAAUAAAGGAGUUUGAUUUGAGAAAUCCGGAUGAUUUGAACAAGGUGAGAAUUACCUGAACAGGGAUCUAGGACCAACUCUCAGGGGGGUCCGUGGUCAGUAAGUCCCAUGGUCUGAAGCACCUGCUGGUCAGUGAGCGAGGUCCGGCUGGUCAGCAAGUGCCUCUCUAAGCAGGGUCUUUUUUUAAAUGAAUUUUGACCUAGCUUUUAGUAAUUUAGCUUUUUUCGAAAUAUGGCUGUUUCGUGCGUGCUUAUUUGUGUCAUUUUGUUAGUUUUAGGGUUAGCAACGGGGCGCCCCCGCGCCCCACACACCCUCGUUCGCCCCCCCGGCCCCUUAAAGUGUAAUUAAAAAUUCUGAAAAAAAUUUAGUAGAUUAAUGAGUUUAUUCACUAUCAACGUGCGUUGAGAAAAACUUUUUCAAAAAAAUUCCUACUCGAUUUUUGGAAAAAAACCGGUCGGGGGCGAGGGCGCCCCGCUGCCAACCCUAGUUAGUUUACAUUAUAAUGAACUCGUUUCCAAAAAAGCAAGUGAAAUACUGAUUGUAUUCGUCCGACGGCACGCAUCUUAAGUCUGAGAACAGCCAAGAAGCGCGGCCGCAAGAAUCUUCAUGGGUGCCGACUGGAAGCGGCAUGCAUGCCGUUUUCUGCGGCAAAAAUGCUGUAAGGGUGCCGAUUCCGUGCAUGCUACGCGCUGAACCCUGCUACCGUGGCUGCUUCUAUGCCGCUCAAAAAAACCUUGCUUCCUUCCCAUCCCACUUUUUUUCCCUGCUGACAUGCUCAUCCUAUGCUACCGUAGCAACUUGCUGUCCACUUGCCGCUCGCGUGCCCCACCCUUGCUAAAAAUUAUCUGAGUUCAGAUGCGUGCCGUCGGAUGAAUACUGAUUAAUUUCACUUGCUUUUUUGGGAACGUGUUCAUCGACCCAAAAAAUCCUUAGCGCGCACAAUUCUGGAUGUUUCUGAAAACACUGGAAAAAGUUGAUUUUUCCAACUUUGGCUCCGCGAGCAGCACUCUGGAUGUUGAAAAUAUUCUAGCAGCAGCAAGUGCGCUGGAUAGAGCAAUCCAAGAGGAUCAUUUUGAUACCCUUAUUUGAAUGAUUUCAUCUAUUUUUCGCUGAGUUAGACUUGCUGACUUUACAUCAAUUCGUUCACAUUUUAGUACGAAAAGCAGCAAGUCUAGCGCCGUAGCCAUGACAUAUACAUACCCAGCAGCAAGUGCGCUGUGUAGAACAAUCCUAGAGGAUCAUUUUGAUACCCUUACUUGCCCACUUUUGACUAUUUUUCGCUGAGUUAGACUUCCUGACUAAAUCUACCAGUUGCAACUGGUCGUUCCAAAAAAUUACCAGUUGCAACUGGUAGAUUUAGUCAGCAAGUCUAACUCAGCGGAGAAUAGAUGAAAUCAUUCAAGUAAGCAUAGUUGCCACGGGCCGGGCCGGGCCGGGCCGGGCCGGGCCGAAAUUUCAAAACUCCGGCCCGGCCCGGCCCGUCGGCCAGCCCGGCCCGGCCCGGUCGGCCCGGUUCAAAAAAAGCGGGAAUUCAAAAAUUUGAAUUAUUGAUCGCAUGAAGCCAUUUUUUUGUAGAAUUAGGGGUUUUUGCAAGCAUCGAACAUUGAAAAAAACAAAUGUAUUUCUCAUAAAAAAAUUCAUAAUAGCAAGAAAACAAAGAAGAAACACUAAAAACUUUAGUUCGAAAAAUUUUUUUGUAAUAACGAAAAAAAUUUCCGCGAAAAAUUUGAAUUCCCGCCUUUUUGAACCGGGCCGACCGGGCCGGGCCGGGCCGGCACUUCACCGACCCGGCCCGGCCCGGGCCGGCACUUUACCGGCCCGGCCCGGGCCGACCCGGGCCGGCCCGCAUGGCCGGCCCGAAAUCUGGCAAGUCUGCAAGUAAGGGUAUCAAAAUGAUCCUCUAGGAUUGUUCUACACAGCGCACUUGCUGCUGGGUAUGUAUAUGUCAUGGCUACGGCGCUAGACUUGCUGCUUUUCGUACUAAAAUGUGAACGAAUUGAUGUAAAGUCAGCAAGUCCAGCUAAGCGAAAAAAAGUGAAAAAGGGGCAAGUUAUGGUAUAAAAAUGAUCCUCUUGGAUUGCUCUAUCCAGCGCACUUGCUGCUGAUGAGGUACAUAUCACGGCUGCCCUGACACGGCUGCAAACGUUUAUGCACUGUCAAUAGUACUUCAGUGAGUGUAUAAUAACUCAUUUAUUCUCUUCAGCCACCUAGGAAUAAAAUUACAACAAAAAAGAAAGAAGAGAAAAAAAGAGGGGGAAUGUGGGUGGGGGAAGGAACAAUGGCUUGACAUGACCAUUGGCCGGCAGUAGCCAGAGGUCAGUUAGAAUACAAAAAGCUAGGGGGGAUCUUCUCGAUGCGCGCUGCGAAGGCCUCAGAGGACAGUCUUUCGGGAAACAACUUGGCCACUCGGUUCCAAAGGGCAAGAUGGGUAUGUAAGAAAGAGUCAUGGGGUAGGCCAAGGGAGGAUAGAAGGUACGGGUGACGGGGGGAGACGCCGGGUUUGAGGAACAUGCUUAGGGAGGGAAAUGGUACUUGUGCGAGAUUAUGUUGUGGAAUGUUCUGAGAAUAAGAAGAACCCUUCUGUGGAGUAUCGAUUUUUGAAUUAGAUUGACUGAGACGGUCGCUAUAGGAGGAGAACCGCAUGUUACAUCUUUGGAAGACUCUUCUACUGAAAAAAAUCUAAGGGGAGACUCUAAUUUGCUGGAGAGGGAUGUCGAUGAGGGAUGGAAAAAGUUCACAGCCGUACUCGAGAAUGGGUCUGACGUAAACGUUGAAAAGUUUAAAGUAGAGACUGGGGUUCGAGGAGCGAAAGGCUUUCAGAAUUUGUUUGCAUUUCAAGAGGGCGGUAUUGCUAACUAUUGUGAUAUGCUUAUCGAAUUUGAGCUUGUCGUCUAUCCAGAUGCCGAGGUCCUUAACGGAAUCUUUUGAUUCGAUUUCGAUGCCAUUCAGGAGAUAUCUGGUUUUGGGAUUUUUCUUUCCAAAGUGGAGAACUGCGGAUUUAUUUUCUGCUAGCUUUAGUUGCCAGGUUUCGCACCAUGAUGCGACAAUGUUUGCACUUUCUUGAAGCGUUUUUGGGUUAUCUCCGAAAAUUUUCAAGUCAUCAGCGAACGCGGUGACAUGGACGUCGGCGGGGAAAAAGGGCUAGCAAAUCAUUAAUGAAGACCAAGAAUAGGAACGGCUCUGUGACCGUUCCUUGGGGAACGCCUGAUAGUACUGGGAAGGAGAUGUCGGAGAUAAAAAUUAUCGAUUUUUUUACGGCAGAUGAGCGACUUUCUAGAAAAUGAGGCGAACCAAUCACAUGUUUUAGUGUCAAGGCCGAAGUUCUUCAGUUUGCAGAUGAGGAGAUUGUGCGGGACACUGUCAAAAGCUUUCUUAAAAUCAAAGAACAGGGCAUCAGCAAACUUGUUUCUGUUCGCAGUUAUUUGCUGGAUUUUUGAUAUCGAAUCAAGUAGUGCGAGUGUGCACGAUCUGUUGUUCAUAAAUCCGUAUUGGAAUUUUGAGAUUCUUUCUGAGAAUUCAAGACGUAUAGAGCUGAGCAUCACUUUUUCAAAGAGUCUGGAGAUCGGAUGUGUCAGUGAGAUCGGUCGGAAAUUGGAAGAAUCUGUGAAGGAUCCUUUUUUAUGAAUUGGAAUAACUGUGGAGGAUUUGAGGAAGUUCGGGAAGAUUCCACUGUCGAAAGACUCGAUGAAUAUCAGUGAAAGAGGAAUUGUGAUGGAGUCACGACAAUUUUUUAAGAUAAAGAAGUUUAUGACGUCUCUAGAGUAUCCUAUUUUCGGGUCGAGAGUAUCGAUUAGGCGGCUUAUGUUUAAUGGGGAGAAGUCGAAGGCGAUCGGAUGGGGUUUGGGGGGGCUGGGAGGGCAGGGAAGGGAUCGGAGGGCAUGGUGAACGCCUUUGAGAAAACGGAGGAGAAUUCGGCGGCAAUCAGAGAGGGUUCGGUUAUAAUGUCGCCAGAAAUCAGUAGUUUUAUUUGCGCGGACCGCGUGGAGAGACGAUUUUUGACAAAUUGGAACAGUUUUCUGGGAUUUUUGGCUCUGAUUAUGCUGUAUUCUUGUCUGGCGAGACGUUUUUUGAUGUUCUUAAGGUGGAGCCUGUGCUCGGAUUUAGAUUUUACAGCGAGAUGGGAACGGCGUCUGAGUUUUCGACAGCGGGCUUGCACUGAUUUACUCGUGAGAGGGCGUUUGGGGCGAAAUGGAGGGGUGCUGUCGCGGAUAAGUUCGUUGAAAAUUUUGUGUGUAGUUCACUGACGAAUCGACAAAACUUGGCAAGUUAUAAUAUCAAAAUGAUUGCCAAAACAUGCUCAAUUCAUUCCACUUGAUGCUAUGAGUGAAUUCAUUACCCCAAGAGACGGUCCCACUUGUACGAUGAAACCUUUGACGUCACUAAAUUAGAGGUAGCAUUCCGCAAAAAGUUUAAUACGAAAUAAACAGAUUAUACACCUUUCAAAAGAAAGAAAAAAUAUCACGGCGACAACAAUUUCUUUUGGUCAGUUACUUGAAAAAAAAAAUUUUCCCAACUUUUGGUCAGUAAGCAAUGGCUUGAUAGCCUAGAUCCCUGUUACCUGAAUGUCUUUUUUUUUCAAUUUCUCUCACAGAUUCGAGAACUUUGCAAAACCAGUGACGUACUUCUGGAUCCGUAUCGUCCGGGCACACUCGAAAAGAUGGGUUUGGACCCAUUGACUCUUUGGAAAGAGAACAAGGGGCUGAUUAUAUGUCGCAUUAGUGGCUACGGUCAAACCGGACGCAUGAGCAAGGAAGCCGGUCACGAUAUCAACUACGUGGCGAUGAGCGGUGCGUUUUGUGAUUUUGAGUUCGCUAAUUACGUUUUCUACCUAAAAAAAAUUAUAGACCCGUUCCAGACGAGGCCGAUUUCCGACAAGUUUUGUGGAAGUAGUUCAAAUCUUUAUGUUUCUAGGAAUGAUGACCACUUUUGCUGGCGCCGAAUCUUCCCGACCGUGGCCUCCUGUCAAUAUGUUGGCCGACUUUGCUGGUGGAGGUCUGUCUGCUGCAUUUGGAAUCGUUUCUGCAAUCCAUGCUCGAUCUCAUAACGGUAUGUCGGAGUGUGUUUAUCAGAUUUGCAACUGGCGCCCAUUUUCAACUACUUUGCCGCACGCAUUUCUCAUUUUUACUCUAAAAUUCGUUUAAGAUUAAAUUUUCGGGGCAAAACUGGGCCAACCCGGUCUGUUCUCCAACUCUAACUUCUUUACAUUUGCAGGAGGAAAUGGCUGUGUGUUGGACUGUUCCAUGACUGAAGGUGUCGCGUAUUUGGCCUCUUUUGUGCAGCAUUACUACGAUCAGUCACAUCUGUUUACUGACAAAUACGCCGCAUUCACUGGCGAAUGCCCCAUUUAUAGGUAUGUGCAUUCAAAAGAGAUUGUGCUCUCAAAUGCAUGUUUUGCAGAACGUAUAAGACAAAAGAUGGCAAGUUUGUUGCUGUGGGACCGUUAGAGCCAAAGUUCCAUCAAGAAAUGUUUGAAGUGCUCGGUGUAGAUGGACAUGAUUUAUUCGAGAACCCGGAACGAGUCAUCAAGAUGCUCGAAGACACUUUUCUCCUGAAAACUCGAGAUGAAUGGACAAAAACAUUCGAAGGUUUUAUUUCAUUUUUUUUUCCGAUCAAAUUCAUCACAAAUUUUGUGUCAUAUUUCAGGCAAGGAUUGUUGCGUGACUCCAGUGCUUGAUAUUCAUGAAGUCGGCACGUACGGCCAGCACGUCGACCGUCAAAAUUUCACCAAAAGUGACAAGUUUGGCGGAACUUGGAUUGCAAGACCCUCGCCACGAGUGCUGACGAUUGAGGAGUUGGCUGCAGCAGCGCGGUCCAAGCUCUGA